AUGUUUUUGGAUAACAAAAAUAUAAUAUUGCUGUCAACCGGAUCUUUUAACCCACCUACAAAUAUGCAUUUGCGAAUGUUUGAAAUCGCCCGAGAUCACUUAAAUCGUUUGGGCCUUACAAUUUGUGGGGGUUUGAUAUCACCUACCCAUGAUUCGUAUAAAAAGAAAGAUCUAGCACCGUCAUUACAUAGGUGUGCAAUGAUCGAGCAAGCUCUAGUUGCAUUACCUUGGGUGAAGAUGUCUGAUUGGGAAGUAAAACAAAAUGGUUGGACAAGAACGAGACAAGUACUACAAUAUCAUCAGAAUCAUCUCAAUAUGAUAAUAACUUCUAGACUAAAUGGUGCAAUAAAAGUUGAUACUUCAUUAUUCCCAGUCCAAUUUAUUGAAAAUCUCAAUGCCAACGAUUCAAACCAAAACAGAGCAGUGAAUGUAAGACUUUUGUGUGGUGCUGAUUUAUUGGAAUCUUUUGCUGUCCCAGGGUUAUGGAAUGAUGAAGACAUAGAAGCUAUUGUCCGAGAUUAUGGUUUGGUUGUUGUUAGUCGUUCGGGAUCCAAUCCUCAUAAAUUUAUUUAUGAAUCCAAUGUUCUAACUAAAUACAUGGCAAACAUAAUUGUUGUAACUGAAUGGAUAACGAAUGAAAUUAGUUCGACAAAAGUACGUAGAGCAUUGUCUCGUAAUGAAAGUGUAAAAUUUCUUAUUAGCGAGUUGGUUGAAUCGUAUAUCAAAGAACACGGUCUUUAUGAAACUCUGAAUAAUAAGUACUCAAAUAAUGAUAUACUGGAUGUAAACUUGAAAACUAUUUUCUUGUCACCCUCUCCUAGCAAUAAAACUUUUAAAACAGAUCAAAUGGAUGACAAAAAACUUAAUAUUGAUGAACCUGAUAAUCUACCUUGUACUGAAAAAAGAGUUAUUAACUGUGAAAAAACAAAGGUAAGAAAUGUAGCUGAAGGUAAAGAAAACUUCACUAGGGUUGCCAUCCAAGUAUCUGAAAGUGGUAUUAUUGAAGUUAUAAGUGACAUGGAAACUAUGGUUUGA